AUGAGCACUAACUCCAAUCCCAAGCCACAGGGUAACAAAAAUGGUGGUAAAAAUAAAGGACCAAGACGACAACAAUAUUCAAAAGAUAAGAAACUAAAUACGAAAUUACAAAGACUAGACGAUCAAUAUAAAGAUGCAAUAAAAUCAAAAGCAGGUACAGAUUACCUUCUUCAAGAAGAAGCAGGUUUCUUGGAAGCCGAUGGGCCCAUGGAAAAGACUUUUAAAUUCAAACAAGAUGAAAUAGUGAAAGAGGUAGAUUCAACCAUGGCAAACAAGAAGUUUGAAUUAAAAUUACCAGAAUUUGGACCAUAUCAAAUAGACUUUUCAAGAAAUGGUAGAGAUUUAUUACUUGGAGGUAAGAAAGGUCAUGUGGCAUCAAUAGAUUGGAGAACAGGGAAUUUGGCAUGUGAAUUACACCUUAAUGAAACUGUUAACGCAAUAAAAUAUUUACAUAAUGAUCAAUAUUUUGCAGUAGCUCAAAAGAAAUAUACAUUCAUAUAUGACAAAGAAGGGACAGAACUUCAUAGACUAAAACAACAUAUAGAAGCAACAUUAUUGGAUUUCUUACCAUAUCAUUUUUUAUUAGUGAGUGCAGGUAAAACUGGAUUUUUAAAAUAUCAUGAUGUAUCAACAGGUGAAUUAGUGAGUGAAAUAAGGACAAAACUAGGUCCAACAUUGGCAAUGAAACAAAACCCAUGGAAUGCAAUAAUGCAUUUAGGUCAUGGAAAUGGUCAAGUUACUCUUUGGGCUCCAAAUUCACCAGAACCAUUAGUUAAAUUACAAUCAUCAAGGGGUCCAAUACGAGAUUUAGCAAUUGAUAGAGAAGGUAAAUAUAUGGCAGUAAGUGGUGCUGAUAAAACACUAAAAAUAUGGGAUAUACGAAAGUUUAAAGAAGUUGAUCAUUAUUAUACACAAACUCCGGCUACAUCAUUAGAUAUAUCAGAUACUGGAUUAUUAUCAGUUGGUUGGGGACCUCAUGUCACUAUAUGGAAAGAUAUGUUUAAAGGAAAUCAUCAAGCUGAUCCAUAUAUGAAUCAUUUAAUACCCGGUUCAAAAGUUGAUAAAGUAAAAUUUGCACCCUUUGAAGAUAUUUUAGGUGUGGGACAUCAACAAGGUUAUAAUUCAAUAAUUGUACCAGGAGCAGGUGAGGCCAAUUAUGAUGCAUUAGAAAUAAAUCCUUAUGAAACAGUUAAACAAAGACAACAACAAGAAGUUAGAUCAUUACUUAAUAAAUUACCUUCGGAUUCUAUUGCAAUAGACCCAAAUAUUAUUGGUACUGUUGAUAAACGUGCUAAGUCAAUACGGUUAAAACCUGGUGAAAUUAAUACAUUGGGAGAACAAGAAAAAGAUAGUAAGAUGGAAAUUAGACCUGAAGUUAAAGCUAAAAACUCAUCAAUACGAAGACAUUUGAGAAGGAAAAGAGAAAACGUCAUAGAUCAAAGAAAAUUAAGAAUAGAGAAGAAUUUAAAGAAUGAAAAAGAAGCAAGAUUAAGACGAGCUAAAUUAGCACAAGGUAUACCAGAAGAAACAGAUGUCAUAGACUCAGCAUUAUCUAGAUUUAAGUAA